GUCAGUCAGCGAACAUUCAAUAUUCCACCACCGUAAAUACACGUCAUUUUCUCGUGACAAGGAAGUAAGGAGUGUCUGUGAGCCUGCACCUGAAGCAUAGAAGAGAGGGCCAGAUUGCAGUUAUGGAUUUUCAUGCUGCUUCCAUCAUUGUUCUGUUCUCCCUUAUUGCUCUCACCUGCGCAGAACCUGUGAAAUUUGCAGAUUGUGGCUCUGAUGUUGGUAAAGUGGUGAUUGUUGACAUCCAACCUUGUCCUAAACAACCAUGUGAGCUCCAUAAAGGACAGGCCUAUGCUGUCAAUGUGACAUUCGACAGUGCGGUUGAGAGCCAGACGAGUAAAGCAAUUGUCCACGGUGUGAUUGCUGGCGUUCCCAUCCCAUUCCCCAUCCCCAUUGAAGAUGGCUGCAAGUCUGGGAUCGAGUGCCCCAUUCAAAAGGCACAGAGCUAUCACUAUGUGACUCAGCUUCCUGUGAAGUCUGAGUACCCCUCUAUCAAGCUGGUUGUUGAAUGGGAGCUGAGAGAUGACACUGGCAAAGACUUGUUCUGCAUAAAGUUCCCAGUCCAGAUCGUAAGCUGAGAUUUGUCUGCAGUACCACCUGAAGGGAAUUUUUAAAAAGGGAUUCUAAUGUGAACUGCUUAAACUGAGAAUAACCCACAUACACAUUUCAUGAAUUAUUCUAUAAUUUAAGAAUUCUGAUUUCUAAGUAUUGAUUCUGUAGGUUUUAAAUGUAUACUGUAGCUUUUUCAGUCGUUUUAAAACUUAACUUCCCAUACAGGCAUUUUGAAAUGUUGUGGCUGACUGUUUACUCAUAACUGCAUAAGUGGGUCAUUCCACCAAAUGAGUACCUCAUAACUGUGGGUGCUUAUAUUUUUACAAUUCCAUACAUGUACAUGUGUGUAUUAUACGCAUGUGUGAAUUGGAAAUGUGUUUUUUUGCAUAUCCAAACUCCUCCUGAGUUUUUUUCACCUUGCUGGCUGAGGGAUUCAAACUAGCAACCUUUUGGUUACUGGCACAAGUCUCUAACCACUAGGCUACCUGGCUACCUUUUGCAUCCCUUUAUAUAUUUUAAGUAGAAAUUGUGCACCAAUGUUGAUUUGUGAAAGCCUGUUAUAAAUUAAGUGCCAUUUGAAAAUAAACUAUAAUGAAAAUUCAAUAAAUCUGACUUUUAAUAUGAAUAAAGACUUGCUAAAGUGACAAUUCA